AUGGUUGCUCUGAAUGCUGCGCCGAGAUGGCCGUCGGCUGAGGUCAGCAACAUCGAGUGGAUAUCACUGCUCGUAGCGACUGUAUGCCCCAGUCCUACACCAGUUCCCAUAGAUGUCAAAUCCAGCUCAGGCGAUGUUGUCCGCAUCGCUACAAAUGAGCUGGUUUUCCUGACGCCACAGGCUGCGAGAGGUACGAUCCCAGCACAAGUGCAACGCACAGCAUCAGCAUUCGCUGGCUGGCUGACAGUGAGCCUUUGUUCAGAUAUUUACCUUCCACAUGAGAGGAUGAUGGAGUCAUUUGUCAAAACAGACUUCGAAGACCUCGGCGAGGGUGACGGAGGAAUCUCAUUUGAGACCGAUCCAGUCAAACAUCGAGAGGUGGCAAAAAGAAUGGCACCCGCCUUUAGCAUGAAAAACUUCAAAGCCAAAGAACCCACUUUGCAAUACUACAUCGAUCUUUUCGUCGAUAAGAUGAAGGAGAUCGGUGGAUUAGAACAAGGAGCUGAGAUGAGACGUUGGGCCGACUGGCUAUCCAUGGAUAUUGCAGCCGAUAUGACGUACAAUCGCCAAAUGAAUGAGAUGAAAGACAAGGCGGCUAUCAAAGUCAAUCUGUUUGGAAGUAUUACGCAGAUUACCAAAAAGUUUCCUCUCCUCAGCCCUCUUAUGUACCUCUUCAUCCCACCAUCCAUUUGGCUUACCAUGCCACGAGUUAUGAGGAUCAACAGUCAAGAGGUUCAACGGCGAAUCGACCGUCGCGACAAAACGGAGCACCUCGAUUACUUCGAGCAUAUAAUUCCAGCUGAUCAACCUGCCCCUUCAAACAAGAAACAAAUUACACAUCUCGAACAAAUAGCAGGGCAAUUGCUCGUUGCAAGCUGGGAGCCAGUUUCUAAUCAAUUCUACUCGGGGAUUUACUUUCUCCUUCAGAACCAAGAUUCGUAUACAUUAUUAGCGGAGGAGAUCAGGGGUGCCUUUCAAUCUUAUGGCGAGAUCACUCCAGAUUCUGUAGCGAAUCUAAAAUUUCUUCAGGCCUGUCUGCAUGAGACCUUUCGCCUGCACCAUAACACGGCAGACGGGCUGCCACGCAUGAGCCCUGGCGCAAUUGUUGUCUGCCAGUCAAGCUAUUUUGCCGCGGCCCGUAGUAGCCGGUUCUUUGCCGACGCACUGAAAUACCGUCCACAGCGUUGGUUAUCGCCUGAACAUCCUGCAUAUGAGACUAAAUUUAAAAAUGAUGAUCUGAAGGGCUUUCAUGCCAUUCAAUCAAGGACCUCGCGCUUGCCCAGGGUCAGCAAUCGCUUGGGCAACGACUAA